GCCGAGGGAAUGCUUGGCGCUCGCCCCUGCUCUCCUCGCUCGAGAGCCGCAUAAAGGCGCUUUCGGAAGAAAUCCCCCACAGCGCAAACGGAGGCCACCGGAAAGCCAAGGCGAGGAAGCGGUCGUCGGAAUGGAGCACAAACCACACAGACGCGACACGGAGCGCGAUAAUAAAAGCAAGGACUGGGAGGGCUGCGAUCCAGGCAAGAAUUGUAACAUGUCUCCGAUUACUCUCAAUGUUGGUGGAUAUCUUUACGUUACGCAAAAGCAGACACUAACCAAGCACCCAGACUCCUUUUUGGAAAGAGUGGUAAAUGGGAAAAUGCUGUGCCCAUCUGACGCAGAUGGCCAUUAUUUCAUAGACAGAGAUGGUCUGCUGUUCAGGCAUGUCCUGAACUUCCUGCGGAAUGGGGAACUGCUUCUACCGGAGGGAUUUAAAGAAAACCAACUUCUAGCACAAGAGGCAGAAUUCUUUCAGCUUAAAGUGUUGGCUGAUGCAGUGAAAUCAAGGUGGGAGAAGGAACAGCUUGCCUCCAGGGAGACCACCUUCCUGGAGAUAACAGACAGCCACGACCGUUCCCAGGGCCUGCGAAUUUUUUGCAAUGCUCCUGAUUUCAUCACAAAAAUAAAAUCUCGCAUUGUACUGGUGUCCAAAAGCAGGCUGGAUGGCUUUCCAGAGGAGUUUUCAAUCUCUUCCAACAUUAUUCAGUUUAAAUACUUCAUCAAGUCGGAAAAUGGAACUCGGCUUGUUUUGAAGGAAGAUAACACUUUUGUUUGCACCCUGGAAACUCUUAAGUUUGAAGCAAUCAUGAUGGCUUUAAAAUGUGGAUUUAGGUUGCUGACCAGCCUGGAUUGCUCCAAAGGGUCAAUUGUUCACAGCGAUGCACUUCAUUUUAUCAAGUAAUUACUUCUUCUCUCAAUAGACAAAAGGCCACAAGCAUGCAGCCUGCAAAUCUCAUUAAACUUCAAGACAUCGCAAAAUGCUUUAUUCACCCAGCACUGCUGCUAAUGAACAAAUGUGAGCUAAUGGUAUGUAAACUGCCACAUCCAUCUAUGGGUUCUUUGUGCCUAAAUUUAAUAAAAAGAUACUUACUAAACAUGUUAAAAUCAGACUGAAUGCUGAAGCCAUUUGCAUCUAUGCUUUCCAACAUGCAGCUAAAAUGUUUGUAUGCUUCUUUGGCUAACAUGCCUUACCUCUCGGGCCAUUCAAGAGUGAAGGAAGUAUUUUCUUCUUAACGAUGGACAAAGCACCUCCUUUCUACUGAAUAUAUCCUGGUUUUCACAUGGAAAUUAAGUUUCGCCUCUAACUGGUUGAUUUAAAUGUAGCUAUGAUACUGAAGUUCUACAGAACAAUGGAAUUAAAGAGAAUAUAUCAAGAUAGCCUCUUGAUUUUAAUAAUACAGGGGAUCUCAAGGCCUAUAGAUUUAAAAACAUCGUAUUUUCAGCUACAGAAGCAGAUGCCUGAAAGAAACCGUGAGGCCAGGUAGUCUAACUUUCCUGCCAAAAGAGUGCCGUCCCCUACAGAUCAGUGCUUAUGACAGAUCCCAGAAUGAACAGCUUCGAACAACAAAUCUAUCCACCAUUUUUACAUUUAAAAAUAUCUGUUUUUUAGGAAAUGCCUGAUAACAGAAGAGUAAAAACUACGUUUACUACCAAAACAGUUUUCUCCUGAGGCAGACCCUAUUCCUUUUGAACAAGAGCAUCAUACCUAGGAGCACUGGCUUAUGAACCAGGAAGCCAAUUUUUGAACUUCAGAUAGUCCACUUGUUGAUAUGACUUUUACAAGGAACCAUGUUUAUCUGUCUUUUGUAAAGAUAAUAUGCUUUACACUAUAAUUAAUUGGUAAAUGUGGCAUGUCUAUGUUUCCUGGGAACAUUGCACAAACAAGAAACAAAACCCAAAACUUAAUUUUCACUCUUGAAUCAAAGGACUUUCUUUCCAAGAUGUAACAGCCAAGUUUGCCAUUUCAUCAGCAUAAAAGCCAAUAUAUCAAAACCAACCAAUUUAUUUAAUCACAUUUAUAUCCCACAUUCAAGAUAGUAAACCUUUGAGAAGGUUUAAAAGCAUAUUGAUAAAACCACAACAAUAUUGAGAUAUUAAGUCAUCAAGAUCAUUCGCAUAAGGCAGUUGAAAAGAGAUGACUAAGGUGUAGGAGAAAUCCAGUUGGACAAAUCCAGAUGCUUUCUCCACCUCCUUCUCUUUCUUCCAGAAUCUCCUGUUAACCUCAGUUAGUAGAUAUAACACUUUGUACAUCCAGGGAAGUGGACAAAAGAAGUUAACAAAAGAUCAUGACAAAAUAAAAUUGCUGAUCUUUAAACACAAGCGUUUCCACUGGUUUUGUUGCAAGAUCAUAGUCACCCCUCCGAAGAUAAUUCCAAGAUAUCCAGAUUGCAAUGCUCGGUACAAAAUGGGUUCUGGACAGAAGACGGACGUGAAAGCAGGUUCUCUGCCAAGUUUACAUUCUGAACUGACUACAACAAUGAGCUGAAACGUACGUCAAUAAUCAGAAUGAGGAAAGGUUGCAGGCUAGAUUGCACUGAGAAUUAUGCCUAGAGGUUUUCCAUAUUUCUGCAAGUAAAAAAUUAUAUAAACAGUCCCAUUAUGGAACACAGAAUUGUAAUUCUCAAAAAGUCAAUAAAUAGGAACGACUUGGCA